UACUCAAGAAACGUUUCCACACGCCCUGCCCCAUAUCAAAGGCCUUCAAACCCAUCACAUCACAUUCAUCUUCUACUACACCUUCAAACCUUUCUCUCCAUUUGAUUUCCACAAACAGAGUAAAUUGCAGCCUCUGAACUAAAUGGCUACUAAUUAUCUCCAUUCCAUUCACCAUUCUCUCAUCAAACAUCACCACCAUUCUGAGUCCCCUCCUUCCACACUCUCUGCUUCACUCUUCCUCAAACCUACCAACACCAAAACCAGCAGCAUCACACUUUCUAACUCACUGUUACCUUCUCCCACUUCAAACUCCUCUGUCACAUUCUCUGUUUCCCAGACAACUUCCUCCACCACCCCUUCCACCACCUCUAAGUCCACCUCCCUUGACCUCCUCCGGGAGCUUCUCUCAGCCAGAAACUUCCGGGAAGCGGAUGAUGAGACCAGGCGCCUCCUCAUAGCCCUUGCAGGAGAACCUGCUAUCAAACGUGGUUAUGUCUUCUUCUCUGAGGUUCAGUUCAUCUCAGAAACUGACCUGAAAGCCAUUGAUGAGCUGUGGAGGGAGCACAGUGAUAACAGGUUUGGCUACAGUGUGCAGAAGAGGAUAUUUGAGAAGGUUGACAAGGACUUCACCAAUUUCUUCAUCAAGGUUGGUUGGAUGAAGAAGCUGGACACUGAGAUGGAGCAAUUCAACUACAGGUCUUUCCCUACAGAGUUCAUUUGGGAGCUCAAUGAUGACACCCCAGAGGGUCAUUUGCCUCUGACAAAUGCUCUGAGAGGAACACGGUUACUUGGUAACAUUUUCACCCAUCCAGCUUUUGAUGUAGUCGAAGAACAAGAAAGUGGAGAUGCAGUUGGUGACAACAAGGGAAAUGGGGCACUCACAGAGUUAAAGGAUAAUACCAGCAGCUCAACAAAAAAGCCAUUGGUUCAGAAGGCCUUCAAACCAGACUAUAGUUUCUGAGUUCAGACAGGUUUAUAGAACACACCAUCUGAGUGGACAGAUAAUAAUACAACUUAAUUUGGGAUUGUAAUUUAGUAUAUAGUUAAUUGUUAAUUUAUCACCAACCAAUGAAAGUGGUUGCUUGAUUGUACUUUUCUAUCAUUUUCUUUUCUUUUACCAGUGUCCUUUUACAUUCUUCAUCUGGAGCUUGUUUAAUUUUUCUUGA